AUGAAUCCCAAUAAGUCUCGUGAUUUGACUCAUCUGCGAGAUUGGAAAUAUAUUAUUCAGAAUUGGGAUACGCUGAUGAAAGAAUCACGAUCGUUAAUUAUUCGUUCUCUGAGAUUGGGAGUUCCAACAAAAUAUAGAGGUGAUGUAUGGGCUCUUUUAACAAAUCAAAAAGUAGUGAAAAGCAAAGCAAACUUUACAUAUGAACAAAUUGAUAAAGUUAAUUCGAAUUCAUCCCAUAUAAUUUCGUUGGAUGUACCCAGAACAAUGCCAAGCUGGACAAACGAUACUUCUCAAAAGUUUAGAGACGAACUAUCAAGAAUAUUAAACGCAUAUGCUAAUGUAGACCCAGAAUUAGGUUAUACCCAAGGAAUGAAUUUUAUUGCUUCAAUGUUCUUAAUAUAUCAGCCAGAAGAACAAGCAUUUUGGUCCUUUUACUCUUUAAUGUUUCAAUCAUCAUUACCGCAUAGAUUAUUUUUUAUUCAAGAUUUUCCUAAGCUAAACUUACUCAAAGCUCUAGUUACCCGUCUAAUUCAUGAAAAUUUUCCAGAUAUUUAUGAAGCCCUUGAAGAAAGAAGGCUAGAUUGUACCCUUUUUACCCCAAUGUGGCUAAUGGUUUGUUUUCUCUCUGGAAACUUUGGUUUAGAGCUUUCAACAUUUAUUUUUGAGCAAUUCUUAGCUUUUGGAGUUCCACCUUUAUUAUCAUUUGGCUUAGGAAUUCUCGAAAUCCAUAAAAACGUGUUGAAAGAAAAAGGAUUCGAAGAUCUACUUCAUGUUUUGACCAAUCCGGGAAGUUCACCUCUAAUGAAUGAUAAACAAGCUGUUAAUGCCGCAUGGGAUAAGAUGUGGAUUACAACACGACGUUACCACCAGUUAUUGAAGGAAAUAAUUGAAGAAGAAAAGAAAAAGGACGAUUCAAAAUUACUUAAAUAUAUUGAUAAAGAUCAAAAUACUAAUGUUCCUGUAAAUGAGUAA